AUGUCCAUGACACAAGGGCGAGAUAUUCCGAACGCUUCACUUCCGUGGCCCAAAAGUAUGGACAGAAAUAGCGAUGAUACCUGGGCACCAACGAAUGACGAAGAAUUGAAAAGAAAACGAAGAAGAAAUAGACGAUCAUGUAUAUUCCGCCGAGCUUGUUGCCUACUUUGUGUGGGGUUGAUAGUCGUUUUACUAUUAUGUGCACUUGCUAGUAUUUUGCUUGAAUUGGAUUUAUUAACGAAGACGAGCAGUACUUCAUCGACGACAGUAACAACUGCUACAACGACCACAACGACAACUCAAACUACAACCAGCACCAGUUCAUCUUCUACGAGCACCUCGAGUUCAUCAACGACUAGCACUUCCAGCACUACUGCAACAACUAGCACAACUUCAAAGACAACCUCCACCAGUUCCACUUCGCAAACGACCACUACCUCGGUCACAACAACAUCAACAACUGUAUCUAAAUGUGCGCAAUCAGACUUUGGCUUUCUUUUAACACAGAGUGGACCGACCAGUUGGUUUCAAUUUUCAUACACGUAUUUAGCAACGAGUUUAGCACCGACUCUUCGAUUUAUAUUUGACAAUGGCCCAGCAGAUUGUUCUUUCCUGGAUGGUGUUUCCGUUACUGAUUACAAGAACUCAUCUGUGGAGUUACUUAGCAACCCGAGCUUUGAAAACUCAAUAUCAUCGCCAGUUAGUUGGACUGUAACAAAUUCGUCAACGUGUCAGGGCAGCAGUCAAGGACGAAUAAUCAGUAGUGGUUGUCACUCAGGCUCGGGCAGUAAUUGCUUCAUGGAUAAUUGUACAAAGGGUUUUGAAUAUCUAUUUCAAUCUUUUACUGCCAAUAUUGGAGAUUAUUACAAUGUUUCUUUUUGGUUAGAGCAAACAGGAGGUGGAGCUGGAUGCCUUUAUGCUGAUAUCUUUUGA